GACGUUUACAGCUGAGAGACUGUAAUCAAGAGGGCUGCACCAGGUAAAGGUCUACCUCUGCCCACAGCUUCUCAUUCAACAGAAGGCAUCUGUUCCAACGGCAUCGGAGUGUGCUGUCAGCACUACAGGCAGAAAUGGGCCAGGUGACAAUCGUAUCCUUUCUCCUGCUAGUGACUUUGACUGCCAAAGUCCAUUGUAAUACGGUGCCAGAGAUUGAUAUGACUACUCUCAUUCGUAUUCGUGAGGACACCCCUACUGGUGAUUUGGCAUUUCAAAUCAAUGCAAUGGAUGCCGAUGGGGAUAAGCUGGUAUAUGGUCUCUCUGGGCCUGAUUCUAACUUCUUCAAUGCUGACGCAGGGACCGGGAGGGUAAUAGUUAGACUUAAGCUUGACAGAGAGGCGAAAGAUGUACUGACAUUCGAAGUAACAGUUACUGAUAAUGUCUAUUUUCCAGUGUCAAAGGUGAUUAAUGUUAUACUAAUUGAUGCCAAUGACAACUUCCCAAUAUUCCAAGGAACACCAUAUAAUGUAAAAAUUCCAGAGAAUAAACCCAUUGGCAGUUCUAUUUUUCAUGUAACGGCAGGUGAUACUGAUUUAGGAUCAGCUGGAGCUGUGUCCUAUUCUCUCUCUGGCGUUUCACCACCUGAUGGAGAAAGUCUCUUUGCCAUUCAAAGUACUGGAAUUAUCAGUCUGACGGGAGAGCUCAGCUUCACAGAGAAAAGCACUUUCUAUCAGUUAAAUGUCACAGCAAAGGAUGGUGGUGGGCCUCUUGGAGAUGACCCACAACAUUUUCAGGAAAGUUCAACCUUUGUCUUUCUUACCGUGGAGGAUGUCCCGAAUUUGGACCCUCAGUUCUUAAAUCUUCCCAGUGCAGCCAACGUGGCAGAAGGAACUGUUGUUGGAACAAAUGUGUAUAUUGUGCGAGCCAGAGACCCUGACGCAGGCGUCAAUUCACCAAUACUGUACAGCAUUACAAGCUCCUCUGUGGAUGACCUCUUCCAAAUCGAUCCCAAUAGUGGGGUCAUUACUGUCCGUUCCUUGUUAGAUCGGGAGCAGUAUUUGGAUUCAGAUGGAGUUGUCACUCUGGAAAUAGAGGCAAAGGAGACCAAACCGGAUGUGAAUAACGUUAAUGCAGUUACAAACAGUGAACUUCAUAUCACUAUCACAGAUGUAAAUGACGAAAUGCCAAAGUUCUACUCCUGCACCCCAGAAUCCUGUGCGAUUCAGAAAAUGUUCACUGGGAAUAUCAAUGAGCAUUCAGCUGUUGGCCUCCCUGUGUUGGGCAUAAAUAUGACAGUGAUAGACAAGGAUAAGGGUGAAAACAGUAAAUUCAGCCUAAGUAUUGAAGGACAGGGCAAGGAUGCCUUCUCUGUCUCCCCAGCACUCGCCAUAUCCAGUGCCAAUGUCCAGAUUCUGAUGAGGAGCUCUGCAGACGUUGACUACGAAAAGACCACGUCCAUUACGUUGACGGUGAUUGCUGUGGAUACCAACAAAGCGGAGUUCAAAUCUACAGCCACUGUCACCAUUGCAAUCAACAACAUCAACGACAACAGUCCCAAAUUCCAAAGUGAGACCUACAAACUAACAGUCGAGGAGCACAGUCCAGCAGGAACAGAAAUAGCAAUCAUCACAGCAACUGAUGACGACAAAGACGAUGCUGGGAAGAUUGUGUACCGACUGCUUCCAGAGAGCGUUACGGAGUACUUCACUGUUGACCCCGCAACAGGGAAAAUCACAGUUCGAGAUGGUGACAGGCUGGACAGAGAGGGUCAGAGUUUUUACACUGCCACGCUGCAAGCAAAAGACCAGGCCAACAACACUGGCACUGCCAACUUGGAGAUCACACUCCUGGACAAGAACGACAAUGCGCCACAAAUCAGGGAGACAUACAUCGCUUAUGUCAAAGAGGGACCUGGUGUGGACUUUGAAAUGAAAAUCCGGGCUACUGAUUUUGAUCAACCUAGCACAGACAACAGCAAGAUCGAGUAUCAUAUUGUCCCAGAUGAAUUCAGUAACUAUUUCAAACUUGACAAGGACACUGGUGUUUUAAAAUUGAAUGGGCCUCUGGACAGGGAAGCUUUGGACCCAAGUUUAAACGGAGUGAUUGAGCUAAAUGUGACUGCUUUUGACAAAGGAACACCACCCCUUGGGACUUGGGUCAAAGUGGAGAUCAAUGUUGAGGAUAUCAAUGACAACAAGCCACUCUUCAAGCAAAAAGAGUAUACAUUUACUGUGAAAGAAAGUGAACAAGGUGCUUUCAUCAAUUCGGUGCUUGCCGAAGACCUGGACCAGACAGUGCAGAACAACCGGAUCUCAUUCAGGAUCACUGGCGGCGGCGCGGGAACGUUCUCCGUCCGUAGCAUCCAACUGCCAGACAAUGCAGGCUACUGGGGGAACAUCAGCGUGGAUCAGGACAGCGCGCUGGACUACGAGACACGCAAGAAGUACACGUUCACAGUGGAAGCCUUGGACCCAGAGCAGCAGACGGACACGGCCACCGUGCACCUCAACGUCGAGGACGUGAACGACGAGACGCCGAGCUUGAGUACGGGAAUCGUGAUGUUAGUGACUGAGAACACCACCAUAGUUGGAGGAAAGGUCGGUGUGAUCGUAGGCAAGGAUGUAGACACCAACCACGAGCUGAAGUAUGAGCUUCUCAGCACCGAGUGUCCGUGCAAUGAGACUGGAGUGUGCCAGGAGGAAUGGUUCCUAGUGGAGCCUUCAGGGCAGGUCAUGCUCAAUCCAGAGUAUGUGGUUGACUAUGAAAUGUGCGCCCAGGUCCUCUUGCAUGUGCAAGUGACUGAUGUCUUAACAGAGCUUGGCAAGAACAGCAGUGAGGGGACAAUUACCAUCGAAAUAAAGGAUAUCAAUGACAAUGCUCCAGAGUUCAUCCAAGUGCAACCCAACUUUGUUGUCCUUGCUGAAAGCACAGAAAAGGGCACCUCAGUGGCCAGUGUUUCUGCAACAGACCGUGAUACAGACCCGGAGAACAUAGGCAUGACAUUUGAAGUGCUGGAAGUGAAGUUCGUCAGCAAUAACAAUCAGACCGAAGGGAUGAGCAUAAUCUUCCAGGCGGAGGACCAGCCACAAACAUCUACAGAUCGCUUAGCAAUAAUAAAAUCUCUCCAGAGCCUAGACCCUAAAAAGAAAGGGAAAUAUGUGGUCACAGUUCAGGUGAAAAACAUAAACAACGGGCUAAGUUCAACUUCAGAUGUUGUGAUUUUCACAGUGGACCAGUCUUUCAGAGUCUCCCUGGAAUUCAGAGUUACAGUGUCAGAGUUUAAUGAAAACCAGGCAAUAAUCAAAUGGGCACUUGAGUCGGCCACUGGAACAACAGUUCAUAUUGUUAAAAUCUCGGGACAAACAGAGCAGAGAGCUACCCCUUUAACUGUUGUGGACACCUAUUUUAUCUACCCUAAUGGGACCGCCCUGAAACACGACACCGUUUUAAACAUGGUGAACGGCAACCCAAAUACAGAAUUCAGAGACACCCUCUCCCAGAACGGUCUUUCAGGAGUGAACGCUGGUGUAGAGGAAAACCAAGGAGAAGUCAAUACAGAACUGUACAUCCUGAUGGGACUGGCGGGAGGCCUGGUGAUUGUGUUGGUUGUCAUGACGACUUUGUUGGUGUUCAUGAGACGGAAUUACACAAGAAAGCUCAAAGCAGCCAAGGCCAUGAACUCCGCCACCAAUGCCAUAUUAGACAACCAGAAGUCUGGCCCAGUCGUCCCUGGCACCAACAAGUACACAAGGGAGGGAGCAAACCCGGUGCUUAACCUCAACAUUGACACGACCACGGACCUGGGCUUUGACGAAGAGGACUCCAACGCUGACAGAUCUAGCCUUAAUUCCCUGGACUACAACAUUGAUAUGAACAUGAGUGAGAAAGACACUAUGCCAAUGAUGGUAAUCGAGGAGGAAGAGGAGGAGAAUGGCUACGACAACAAUAGCUACUAUGAGCCGCUGGGUGCUGCACUCGCCCAACGCGGCAAGAAGAGAGGAACUGACAGCCCAUCCCUAUCCUUCACCGAGCCCACUCCCAGCACCACUGACCUGUAAAGCCCUGGCUGUCUGACACCAUACGGGUGCCUAUGCCAACACAGACACACACCACCUAUAGUGCCACCCCCCCCCCCCCCCAAAAAAAAAAAAAAACACAAACAAAACACAAAACCAACCAGUUUAGGAUUUGAGGCAUUCACUUUUAAUUUGAAGAAAUUUGCCCAUUGUAGGUCCAAAAGUAAGUGCAGUGGCUGGGGAGCUGAGAUCCAGCCACUGUGUCCUUAAUAAUAAUACUUUGCUUUCACAACUUGUGCUUUUUGAACCUUUUGCACAUUACGGAAAUUGCAGCCAUGCCAAGCUUGUUCCCGUCAUGGCUUUAUCACGGAAAAGACUCGUGUCAUAUUGCCAACAGCUUCCUUUCCCAGAAGUAUUAGUGCAUUACAAGAGUUCCAGUGCACUUUAAACUGAACUGCUAGGUAGCAUAAAAACAUAAAACAAGCACAGAUAAAUAAAGUCAUUCAUUUGGCAAAUGUUAAUCAUUUUUUUAUUUUUUUAAAGAAGUAUUGUAAUUAAUGGAAAAGAAACUGUUAAACUGUGUCUUUGAUAUAUGAUUUUUGUAUAAUUAUUUUCUCAUAUUUAAAAAUCUUGAGGCUUUCCUGACAAUCCUCUUUAAAUCCCAGAUUGUGUGUGUAUAUAUAUAUAUAUAUAUAUAUGUACUGUGUGAGAGAUGUAAAAAUGCUGGAACUUAUUUUGAAAUUCAGGUAUACACUUAAAACAGUAAAUCAUUUUGACAGAAGAAGGAAUCUUACAUUCAAGGUCUGAUAAAUUCUCAGUGCCACAGCUAUUUGGUCAGAUUUGUAUCAUGUCUUCAAAUGUGGGCUUUGAUUCACUAUGGAUGUGAAUUGUGAGUUGAAUUUUGAGUUGUGAGUUGUGGGCUUUUUGUUCAGUUAGGUUGAGCCGGAUGGUUGAAACAUUUCCCACUUGCUACAUGAUGAUUGCAAAUCAAAUGCAUUUAACAGAUUAAAUGUGUGCUGUUGUGUACAAGUGAAACAAUUAUCUCACCUCUCUCUGUGCAAUAUGAAUCAAAGGUACAGAAAUAUGUCAACACAAACAUGAUACGUGUCCAAUAAACUGCCUUUCAUUA